AGAGGUGUCCACAUACUUUUGUAUAUAUAGUGUAGAUCCCAACCUAAAGCGGUUUUCCUUCCCUCAAGGCGCAGGGGUGGUGUGUAUGUGUUUGUUUCUGUUCAGUAGAAGAGAUGUGUGUGUUCUUCCAUCACAUCGAGAGAGAUUGAGAACGCGCUAGCAAGAGGGAGAGAGAGGGCGAGAGAGAGAGCGAACGAGCCAGAGACAGAGCUCUCUUGGCAUCCUCUGUCGAGUCCGUGCGCGGCUGAGAAUAGCGGUCUUAUGGGACAGAGAUGGGAGAGGUGUGUCGUUUCUUUAUCAGCCUAUGACACUGACACAGCGGCCAGGAUGGAUCUAACCACCCGGAAAAUGAUGCUUCUGAUCGGUCUCAGCUGCCUCUGGCUCCAAGUGCUUUCAAAGGUGGUAGCUGAUGACAGUUAUUUAAACGAGGUGCAAAACACAGCCCCUCUCUCCUGUUCGGAGGGUUUUACAGAGCUGGGUUACUAUAACGGCUCUGUGUCUCAGACGGACUCUGGCGCCCCCUGCCUGCGGUGGACAGAGUUUCCAGACUACGUGCUGCAGUACCCUGGCCGAGGCCUUGGGGAGCACAGCUACUGUCGUAACCCUGACAGAGAGUCCAACCCCUGGUGCUUCUUCAGACAGACUUCUGGGGCCAUCGGCUGGUCCUACUGCGACUGCCACCAGGGUGCAGCUCGGCUGGUGGGCGGGACAUUGUCAGGAAGUGGACGUGUGGAGGUGUACCUGAAUGGCCAGUGGGGGGCAGUGUGUGACUCUCAUUGGACAGACAGAGAUGCCAGUGUGAUCUGCAGACAGCUGGGACUGGGUGAGAUCGGCACAGCGUUGCAGCACUCCCGGUUCGGCUCGGGCUCCGGUCUCUUCCACUAUGAGCGGCUGGGUUGCCGUGGUGAUGAGAGCUCCAUCAGCCAAUGCCGGAGCAGGACAUUUGUUACCGGGGAUUGUAGCCAUGGAAACGAGGCAGGGGUAGUGUGUGCUCCACCAAAAGGCAGUGGUCCUCCUCUACGAUUGGUUGGAGGAGAGGAAGACUUUGAGGGGCGUGUUGAGGUGUUCCAUGGCGGUAGGUGGGGCUCUGUCUGCGAUGACCAAUGGGACGACAGAGAUGCAGAGGUGGUCUGUCGACAGCUGGGCUUCGGGGGUGUGGCGAAGGCCUGGUCAUGGGCCCACUUUGGACAGGGCUCAGGUCCCAUUCAAUUGGACGCUGUAAGAUGUACAGGAAAUGAACUCUUCUUGGACCAGUGUCUUCAUGGAGACUGGGAACAACACAACUGUGACCAUAUGGAAGAUGCUGGGGUGUCCUGCAGCCCCUACACAGACGGUGUGGUCCGGUUGGUAGGAGGAGACAGUCCAUGGGAGGGUCGUGUGGAGGUGUUUCACUCUGGGGACUGGGGUACGGUGUGCGACGACCACUGGACUCAACAACACGCACAGGUGGUUUGUCGACAGCUCGGAUACAGGGGACAUGCUGACGUGAUGGCUGACAGAACGUUUGGCGAGGGUUCUGGGCUCAUCCUAUUGGACGAUGUUCGCUGUGAGGGAACGGAGUCGUCCCUGCUGGACUGUCGCCAUGGCAUAUGGGGCCGUAGCGACUGUUCCCAUGGAGAGGACGUGGGCAUCCGUUGCAGAGCCGGAGCGAAAGAAGAAGAGACCAAUGAGGUCCCGGCUGUUGCACCUGCCACAGGUCCCCUGGUGCGUCUGGUAGGGGGUGGUAGCCAUAAGGAAGGUCGAGUGGAGCUGUAUCUCCAUGGAGACUGGGGAAGUAUCUGUGACUCAGGCUGGAGUGCCCUGAACGCCGCCGUGGUCUGCAGACAGCUGGGCCACAGUGGUCAUGCGGUAGUGGUGGGUGGGUUCGGUCGGGGAAAGGGUCCCGUCCACCUGGACCAGGUGAGGUGUAGGGGGAAGGAGGACUUCCUGGGGGAGUGUCCAUCUCUGGGCCGGAACCCUGAGGGCUGCAGACAGAGAGAGGAUGCAGCGGUGAGCUGUGACCCCGCCCCCCAGGCAACAGAGGGCCAAGUCAGGCCAAGUGAGCGCACCUGUGGAGUGAGGAAGGUUGUGGAGGAAGGGAACGAGAGGAAGAGUGGAGUGGGAGGAGGAGGAGAGAAUAUACUCGGCACGUCAUGGCCGUGGCAGGUGUCAGUGUGGUUGGGUUCUGAGGGGAAAGAUGGCCACCCUAUUUGCAGCGGUACUCUGAUCUCUCCCUGCUGGGCCCUCGCCUCCGCUCACUGCUUCACCAGGUUUGGUAUUGACCCGUCCCAGUACGUUGUGCGUGUGGGGGGUUCUUACCGAACUCUGACCCUGGAGAAAGUGGUGGUCCACAGGAAGUUCAGGUCAGAUCAGGGUCCUGGGGGUCAUGACCUGGCCCUGCUGAGGGUGCCCAGCCCCAAGGGUCACUGUUUGACUUUUGAUCCCCACACCAAUGCUGCCUGCCUCCCCACCCCGGACACUGCGGGUGGCAAGACCCCCUCCUCCUGCAUCGCUGCGGUUACCGCAGGCUGGGACGGCCCAGAUGCUGUGCUACAGUCCUGGGUACCCCUCCUGUCGUCAUGGCAGUGUAAGAAGCGUUAUGGGGAUGGUUACUCUUCCCACAGCACGCUAUGUGCCGGCAGCCCCCCUGACACACGCCGUCUCCACAAGAACAACGGUUGCCAAGGCAACUGGGGUGGCGGGCUGGUGUGCCAGGGAGACGGGGGACGAUGGGUGUUGACCGGGAUUGUCUCCGGGGGUUACGGUUGCAGCGACCCCUCAACCCCGGCACUCUACACACGGGUCGGCCGGUUCCGGCGCUGGAUCGAGGAGGUCACACACACACACACGCAACAGCGGGAGCAGAACACACACAGUCAGGAGCACGAGGAGCUCACACACACGGAGGAGCGAAGCAUACUCACAUACGUUUAUGACAAGCUGCAACACACACACUCCCAAGAGCAGAGCACACACACUGACCAAUUCAUACACACACAGCACAACAAUAUCCAUACACACGAUCACAAUGAGCAUAAACACACUCACGAUCUGCAAAGCAACACUCACAAUGAGCUCAAACACACACACAAUCAGCAUGCACAUACACACACUCACGAUAAACACUCCCAGACCCGCGAAGCUGUCACCCACACACACGCCCUGGUCUGAUCGAGGACACGCCAUUGGCUCACCAGCUGUGCCAUGUGACUUUCCGAGGAAGAAUGGAUGAUAAUGGAGGAAGAGGAGGAGGACAUGUUGGAAAAGACGGAGGGGGAGAAAGAGGAAAAAGACAACAAGAGAAGAGGAGAGAUCCUCCUCUCCCUCUGCCUCCUGACCCAGACGAUGUAAACCUCUAAUAUUCAUGUCAACUCUGUCUGAUAAUUAUCAUAGCUGUGGUGUGUGUGUGUGUGUGUGUGUGUGUGUGUGUGUGUGUGUGUGUGUGUGUGUGUGUGUGUGUGUGUGUGUGUGUGUGUGUGUGUGUGUGUGUGUUACGCUAGCUGUGGGGUGUGUUACGCUAGCUGUGGUGUGUGUGUGUUACGCUAGCUGUGGUGUGUGUGUGUUACGCUAGCUGUGGGGUGUGUGUGUUACGCUAGCUGUGGGGUGUGUGUUACACUAGCUGUGGGGUGUGUGUGUUAUGCUAGCUGUGGGGUGUGUGUGGUACGCUAGCUGUGGUGUGUGCUACGCUAGCUGUGGGGGUGUGUGUGUUACGCUAGCUGUGGUGUGUGUGUGUUAUGUUAGUUGUGGUGUGUGUGUGUUACGCUAGCUGUGGUGUGUGUGUGUUACGCUAGCUGUGGGGGUGUGUGUGUUACAUUAGCUGUGGGGUGUGUGUGUUACGCUAGCUGUGGUGUGUGUGUGUUACGCUAGCUGUGGGGGUGUGUGUGUUAAGUUAGUUGUGGUGUGUGUGUGUUACGCUAGCUGUGGGGUGUGUGUGUUACGCUAGCUGUGGGGGUGUGUGUGUUACAUUAGCUGUGGGGUGUGUGUGUUACGCUAGCUGUGGUGUGUGUGUGUUGCGCUAGCUGUGGGGGUGUGUGUGUUAAGUUAGUUGUGGGGUGUCUGUGUUACGCUAGCUGUGGUGUGUGUGUUAUGUUAGUUGUGGGAUGUGUGUGUUACGCUAGCUGUGGGGUGUGUGUGUUACUCUAGCUGUGGGGGUGUGUGUGUUAAGUUAGUUGUGGGGUGUGUGUGUUACGCUAGCUGUGGGUGUGUGUGUUAAGUUAGUUGUGGGGUGUGUGUGUUACGCUAGCUGUGGUGUGUGUGUUAUGUUAGUUGUGGGGUGUGUGUGUUACGCUAGCUGUGGUGUGUGUGUGUUACGCUAGCUGUGGGGUGUGUGUGUUACGCUAGCUGUGGGGUGUGUGUGUUACGCUAGCUGUGGGUGUGUGUGUUACGCUAGCUGUGGGGUGUGUGUGUUAUGCUAGCUGUGGGUGUGUGUGUUAUGCUAGCUGUGGGUGUGUGUGUUAUGCUAGCUGUGGGUGUGUGUGUUAUGCUAGCUGUGGGUGUGUGUGUUACGCUAGCUGUGGGUGUGUGUGUUACGUUAGUUGUGGGGUGUGUGUGUUACGCUAGCUGUGGGGUGUGUGUGUUACGCUAGCUGUGGGGUGUGUGUGUUACGCUAGCUGUGGGUGUGUGUGUGUUACGCUAGCUGUGGGGUGUGUGUGUUACGCUAGCUGUGGUGUGUGUGUUACGCUAGCUGUGGGGUGUGUGUGUUACGCUAGCUGUGGUGUGUGUGUUACGCUAGCUGUGGGGUGUGUGUGUUACGCUAGCUGUGGUGUGUGUGUGCGGGUAUGGGUGCCAUAUGUGUGUGUGUGGAGGGGAGGUGGGAUGCUGUAUUGAUCAUGUGUAGCUAGACAACAUGUCUUUUCUCUGACAGUGGGGUUGGCUUUUUUUAUGAUUGGUCUUGUGAUGCCCUACUUAAAUGUAAAGUCCAUCCAGACUGAUCGGUUGUUCCUUAACCAGUGGUAAAAAAAAAAAAAAUGCUGUUCUGGACUAUCUAAUACCACGGUUGUAUUUCUGAAGAUUCUAUUUCAUUUACCUUGGAAAUGGACUGGACUUUCUCUUCUUUCGAAUGUGAACUGGACAACUCUUCUCUCUCCUUUCAAAUAAACUGGACAUUCUUGGGGGCCUAAAGCCGGACUCUUUGGGGGACAGCAGUUAGCCUUGAAGUGUGGGCCAGUAACCUGAGCUUAAUGGUUCCUGUUCCCAGAUUGCAUCUGCCGCUGUGCCCUUGAGCAAGACACUUUACUGUUAGAUCAAAUUGCUCCAGGGAUUCUGCACUGUGGCAUACGCUGUGCCUCUCAACCGCACUGCAACAUCACAAAAAAAGGACAAUACAAUUCUAUGCUACUGUACUCUACUCUGUUCUAUUCCUAAUGUACUAUGUUCUUCUCUCUCCUGUCAAAGCCAUAGAGCCAAGGGAUAGAUGGAUCAUAUUCAUUAUUUUCUACUGAUCUCCCUGAACUGUUCUAGUUGUUAACAUUGCCUGUAAAUAGUUCUGAUUGUUUGUGUGUUGCAUUAAUUAUUGUCUAAUUCCGAUGGCCAAACAGUUAGACUUCCUGUAGUUGAAUGUUCCUGUCUCUGUUCUCUGAGCGAAUGUGUGUGAUCUAACCAGUAGACGGCUAUAUUGUCGUAUAUUCAGAGCCAUAAUUUAUCGUACGCUUGAGGGAGAGGUUGCCCCUAACCACAGAUCUAGGAUCAGAUUAGCCAACUCCAAAGCUUAGCCAUUAGGGAGGAUACAAAAAGUUAUGACCCAGAAGCAGUGGUUAGGGACAAUAGCUCCCAACCCCAGACAGUAUAUGACCAUGAUUGUUUUCUGUUUUUGUUUUUUUACUGGAUGGACUUCCUCAAUCGUGUGCUGUGCCCUGGUGUUGUGUAGCAUAUUGUAUUCUAUAACUAAUUGUUUCUCUCAAACAGGAAAUGCUCCUAUGCCUCUUUUGUGAAUCCUCUACAGACGCCUACCUAUCCAGUAACAUGAUGUGGUGUAUACUAUAGAAUCGUUUCAUGAAACUCCUCCCUGAUGUUUGAAUAAAACACUGUCCAGAGAAUCAUAUUAAGUCAAUGUAAAUAUUUCCAUAGCUGGACAUAUUCCACCAAACCCGCAUUGCAUACUGUACACAGUGUGUGUGCGCACAUAGGCAGCAGUAGUUUGUAAACGCAGACACUGCAUAAACGAUGCUUUUGUGGGUUUGAUUGAAUCCCGGCCAGAGGAUUUAUGUCUCUGUUUAACGCUGUGAAGAGUCUGACCCAGUAGAAAUGUAAAACUGUCUUACAGCCAUCCGUGUGUUCCUCUGACGGUUCUGUCUCUGUACUGAAACAUGGUGGACUAUUAAAGAGAGCAGGUCCUGUGUUGGUCUCGAUGUGGACUUUUCUUUAAUAAAACAGCUGCUUGAUGGGUA